AAGUUAUGUAUAUACAUAUAUUUGAUAGAUAACUCUUCGGAUUUCAAAGUUAUUAAAAAUACUGUUUCCAAGUAUUCCUAUAGCGUGGCUUAUCUGUAUAUUAUAAAUUAACGGUAUUAUUCAAGGACUAAGGCUAGAUGCACACUUGCGUAUUUUUAACGUGCGGUGCCGCACGUGCGUUUAGAAAUACUAAUAAUAGCAUGAAACGGUGCACACGACGUUGCGGCGACGUACGUCCCCAUGCGUGCAGUUUUUACCGUACGUUCCCGUCACGCCGCAAGUUCACCGGACACGCGUUAUCAACCGCAACUCCGGCAAACAGUACUUUGUCAUCAAUCGUGUGAUACCCACGUGCGUUUUUUCACGCGCCAUAAAAUUGAAAACGCGUCAUAAAAUUGUGAAAAAUUGUGAAAAAAAAUCACAGAAAUGGCAACAAAAACCAUUCAAUUUAAUAUUGAUGAGGUAGAUAUGGAGCUGUUCAUCAGUGAAGUUAAACUUCAUCCCGAAGUAUGGAACAUAGCUGACAAUAAUUACCACGAUCGAACUAAAAAAAGAGUAGCGUGGAUUGAAAUUUGUAGAGUAUUUUGUGAAGGAUUCGACGAAAAGGAUGAACGGGAUAAAAAUGAUAUAUGUACCUCUUGUAUAAAAAAAUGGCGAAAUGUCAAGGACAACUUUAAAAAAAGUUUAAACAAAACAAAAUCUGGACAGGCAGCUGGAUCAGGAAGAAAAUACAUUUAUGCCCGACAAUUAUCGUUCUUACAAACUGCAGGUGCUACUACGGAAACACAAUCCAGCUUUGGUAACGACGAAAUAGAGGAAGAGCUAACCCAGCCAGAGGAACCGGAACAACCUCCUCCCUACAACCAGCGUCCUACGAAAAAACGCAAAUCGGAUAUAGAGACCUCCUUAAUUGAUUUUAUGAACACUCCAAUUCCUACUCCAACUGCUCCAGUCAUUCAAGAACUUAAUCCAGACCGUUCAUUUUUCGAAAGUAUUCUACUAUCUAUAUCUGAUUUUACCGAAGACCAGAAACUAGACUUUCGCUGCGAAGUACUCAAUAUUAUUAAACGUAUGAGAAAACCUCCACAGAGUAUACCUCAAUAUCAUACAUCUGUACCUUUUACUGAAACAUCGGCUAUAUCCAAACAAUAUGCACCACUCCAAAAUGUUCAACAACAUCCUUCAUAUACACGGUUGCCACAAGUUCGCCCUUCUGAAAAUAUUACAUAUUCAAGACAAUUUGUUCCACCUUCAAUCAUUUCUCCACCCACCCCGUCCACAUACAGUGACGAAAAUAGUAUGGAUUUAUUCAGUAAUGAAACUUUAUAAAUAAUAACAUAAAAUAACUUACAUAAUUAAAA